AUGAACACGCCUCGAGCUUUAGCAUUGGCCCACUUGGUUAAGGACAGGAAGAUAUACGUGUUUGGAGGGUUAAAGCAUUACCCUCAUUACCAUGAAACAGCUGGGGCAGAGGUAUUUGAUCCAAAGACUCAAAAUUCGACCCCUCUUUUUUGUUCACCUAUUAAGACACCACACGAAAAUAAUAUCCCACAAAGAGCGGUUAUAGUUUUAGAAGGGAAGAAUACUUCCCCGCUAUAUGAGGAGGAUCGAAGCUUCUCCUUCUUGUCGUCAAAUGAUGAGAUAGGAAACAAAAACCACGAAUUGUACAUUGAGAAACAAUUGUACUGUCGCGGUACUCGUGGAAAAAUCUUAUGGUGUGUGCGGGACGAAUUGGAUUGGAAGGAAGUGAAAGGUUUGGAAGAUCUGCAACACUCUCACUCUAGUUCAAGACAUUCCUUUCGUAUCAACAAACUCUGCAAAACUUCUGAUGGAAACAUUGUUAUCUUCUGGAUGGCAGAGAGUUUGGACCUUUGCUCUGCCGAGAUUUCCUUUGAGAGACGCGAGGGAGGCAAGAUUUGGGGGAAGAUUGAGUGGUCCAAUGUUGUCUUUAAAGUUGAUCCUUUCUCAAACUCAUCAUAGAUUGU